UCGCAAACUUUAUUAGUCCUCAUUGACUGCGAGAUCGCUCGAGAAACGGAUGCGGGUCACACAAGAUUUGCAGCACACGUGACUAGCAAGCCGGUCUCUGACCUGAAUGAUGCCGUGGAACAUGUUGCGUUGGUUUUAGAGCGGUGUCCGGUCGGCCACCCUGACCAACCUCGCGUGCGCACGCUUUCAAGGGGCCACCCUGAUUAUCCAUCAUCUCUGUACCAUGUCCUUAAAGCAUUGAUCUGGCGCUACAGCAAGGAGCUUGCCGCCAUCAAUAUCCGCGAAUCUGCUCAAAUCUCCCUUGAGCUACUACCUAUCUGCCCAGAAGGCACAUAUCUUCGGACCAUCGUGGCAGGGGCAAGUGGUAUGGAUUAUGUAAUCCGCACAUGCAACAAUCUUCCGAUAGACGCAUCCGAUGAAGGCAUCCACCUUCGACGAAUCGUACUCGAGCUCUGUCCUUUGGGCCAUGAAUACCGUCCCAGCUCCCUCUAUAAGCUUUCAUGGGCACUCGAUGAGAGCACACAACUUGGUCGUGAAGCUGUUUCUCUGUGUCCCGAGGGACAUCCUGAUCGUGGUGUCUACUUGAAUAACUUGGCUGUCUCACUCCGCUACUACCGCUUCCGUCACCAGGACAAAUCUGAUGACCUCGACGAGGCCGUCUCUCUGUACGAAGAAGCACUGUGCCUGAGCCCUGUUGGGCAUAAAUCUCGGGAUCUACAAUGGGGCGCCCUCCUUGACCGUUUCAAGCAACGCGGUGAGGUAGAAUACAUCAACACAGCUACCAGCCUCCGUCACGAGGCACUGACAUUGCGCCCACCUGGGCAUCAAGAACGUGAUACCACACUUUCCUAGCGAAGGGCUAGGUGAACAUGACGCCCCACCACAAUAAAACAUAUGUUUUGAAUCUCCUCCAAAUAUCACGCAAUGUCGUUGGAAACACCUUGAAAUUUCAUUCUCGAUGAAGUACAUGAACUCGUACAGCGAGGAUGUAUCACCUUGUAGUACCGCAUUCGUGCGUCAGGCCCAUGCGAACCCCCACCCACUCCCAAGUCCUUUGAAAGUCUAUGAGUGCGUCGAAGACCUAGGUUUAGCUCCGUCUUCAUCGUAAUCGUUCAUGUUAUGCAACAUGCUUGCAAAGACCUGGGGCACGUACAAUCAUCAACAAGUGGUGCUAACGAAGUACCUCGCCAAAAAAUAGAGCGCUUUGCGUCGUCCGUAAGGCCGGCCAUCGUG